CGCAUUCGAGCCAUGACAAUUGUUGAUAAUCAACUGGAGUUAUUUUUUUGCUUUGGAGUGAAAUUAUUUUAAGGCAGGCCCUUCCCCUCGGGGGGCUUUCGGAACACAUCACAACGGACGUAAAACACCGAUUUGUAUGAAGGGCUAAUGGAAAAUCCCAGAGAUAUGGCUGAGCACACACCCCGCUCCGAGCGGAAGAGGAGAGAUUCAUUUGGGAUGUUUGAUGGGUAUGACAGCUGCAGUGAAGACAGCAGUAGCAGCUCUAGCUCGGAGGACAGCGAGGAUGAGGUGCCGAGCAUCCCCGCCAGCCUUCCUAUCAUCAAAAACAACGGCCAGGUGUACACCUAUCCUGAUGGAAAAGCAGGAAUGGCGACCUGUGAGAUGUGUGGUAUGGUCGGUGUCCGGGAUGCUUUCUACUCUAAAACGAAGAGAUUUUGCAGCGUGUCCUGCUCCAGAAGCUAUUCCUCCAAUUCUAAAAAGGCCAGUAUACUGGCGAGACUUCAGGGUAAACCACCAACGAAAAAGGCAAAGGUCUUACAAAAACAGCCUUUAAUGGCAAAGUUGGCAGCUUAUGCACAGUAUCAAGCAAAUCAACAGAACCAAGCUAAAUCAAAAUCAGUGGUUCCUGUUGAAGGCUUUGACUGGGGCCAGUACAUCUGUAGCAAUAAUCUGGUUGGGGCACCAGUCAGCUGUUUUAAACACGUGCCCAUGGGUUUGUGUUGGGGUGACAUAACUGAAGGAGUAAGAGUGGAGGUCCUCAAUUCUGACACAAACCUCUCCACAAAAGUUUACUGGGUAGCAGGGAUUAUUAAACUUGCAGGCUUUAAAGCUCUCCUGCGUUAUGAAGGUUUUGAUAACGAUUCGAGCAAAGACUUCUGGUGUAAUAUGUGUAUCCCAGAAGUCCACCCUGUUGGAUGGUGUGCUUCUAGUAGAAAGCCACUGGUGCCUCCUAAGUCCAUCCAGCAUAAGUAUUCAAACUGGAAAGCGUUUCUCGUGAAGCGACUCACUGGAGCCAAAACUCUUCCACAGGAUUUUGCCACAAGGGUGCAUGAGAACAUGCAGUACCCAUUUAAGAAACUGAUGCGUGUGGAAGUGGUUGAUAAGACCCACCUGUGCCGGACUCGCGUCGCCCUGGUGGAGCAGGUGAUCGGUGGGCGUCUGCGUCUGGUCUACGAAGAGAGUCAGGAUGGCACUGAUGACUUUUGGUGUCACAUGUUCAGCCCACUCAUCCACUCUAUUGGCUGGUCUCGAAGCAUCGGACACCGUUUCAAAAGAUCCGAGGUGAUGAAGAAAAUAGAGGGUCUGAUGGAUGCUCCUUCACAGUUGUUUGUUAAGGUUAGGGAUGUGGACCAGAGCGGUGAAUGGUUUAAAGAUGGGAUGAAGUUAGAGGCGAUCGACCCCCUCAAUCUUUCAGCUAUAUGUGUUGCUACUGUAAGAAAGGUAUUGGCAGAUGGAUACCUUAUGAUCGGGAUUGAUGGUUCUGAGGCUGCUGAUGGCUCCGACUGGUUCUGCUAUCACUCCACCUCUCCCUCCAUCUUUCCUGUCGGCUUCUGUGAAAUUAACAGCAUUGAGCUCACACCCCCGAGAGGGUACACCAAACUCCCUUUCAAAUGGUUUGACUACCUCAGAGAAACAGGUUCAAUUGCAGCCCCUGUGAAGCUCUUUAACAAAGAAGUGCCAAAUCACGGCUUUCGUAAAGGGAUGAAACUGGAGGCAGUGGACCUGAUGGAGCCACGACUGGUGUGUGUUGCCACGGUGACCAGGAUCGUCCACAGACUCCUGCGCAUUCACUUUGAUGGUUGGGAGGAUGAGUAUGAUCAGUGGGUGGACUGUGAGUCUCCAGAUCUCUACCCUGUGGGCUGGUGCCAACUGACUGGAUAUCAGCUCCAGCCACCCGCUACACAAACCAUGAGAGAGGCACCACCGAAUGUCUCGAAACAGAAAAAGAAGACUGCACAGUAUAAGGGACAAAAGAAAAAGAGGAAGAUUCCAGUUGGGAGGAGGCCGAUCGGUUUGGGUGGGCCUCUGAGGAGGAGGAGCUUCUCGGGUGAUGAAGAGCAGACCCCGCCCCAUUACCUAUCCCACUUCUCUGGGUCCGGGCGACCUCCCACUUCAGGUGUAGAGCAUGAUCACGCUCUCAACUCAGAGGCCUCACUGCAGUUGAAAGAGGAGACUCCAGAGAUCGAUGAGUUCACCUUCUCACAGGGCAUCUCAGACCAGGAGAGCAACGGCUCAGGCAGUUAUUACAUCCGACAGGAGCCCUGAGCAUCAUCAGCCAUCAGAGGCUCCACCUCACUGCCAACAGCACUGGAAAAAAAUCCCACUUUAAGCGAUGCACACGAGACCUGGGACAUGAGACAGUGAUUUCCCAUACACACCAGGUCUCUCUGUCUUUCUCUCUUUUUUCUUUUUCAGGUUGAAGAACAGACAUUUGAUCUGAGAGAAAACAGUGCAUAAAUAGGGAAUUUACUGAGAUACUGACUUUUCGCCCUAUGGACUUUUUUUAAUUUUUGGUUUUCUCCUUAGUGUUCGUUGUACUUGAAGUUCUUGGCUUUUUCCUGUUUUUUUGGUGAAAAAAGAUUUUUUUUUUCAGUACCACGUGUUCUCGCGCUGUUUUACGUUGGUUUUGGAUGGGUGUGCAUUUGAUAAAGAGUGGUAGAAAUCUAUAUUGAGACAGUAUAUCGUACGUGUAUGACAUUCAUAUCAAACACAUUCACAUAGAAAUAUUUACACACAGAGAUAUGAGGGAUGAUGGUAUCCGAAAUCAAACCUUACUGGUAUGAAGAGUAGACUAAUGGAAACACACUCAAUUUGCACUACAGGGACAAAAAUCUGUAUUGGCUUGUAAAAUGACUUUAUCAUAUUACGUGAUUAUUAAAUGUGAUUAUAGAAGUGGGAUGUGCUCAAGUCAAAAGUCGAGAUUAUAUGCAAAAAAUUUAAUUUGACGCCAAUUAAGAGCCAUUUUUAUAUCAAAGAGUUUAAGUAUUUUGUGAGCCACAGAAUAAAUGUAAGCAAUUGUUGCUAUCUCAACACUACCUUUCUGUCAUCUUUAAUGUGACAGCACAGUGGAGGAUUCUUCUGGAAUAUGUUUAUAGUCAUAAAAAGCGAACAAUUUAGCGCCAGCAUCUUUUUUUACCAGCCCUCGUGUCUGUGCAGAGAUCAAGCGCUAACUCGAGAGGAUUUGUGCAUCCCAUGUAUUUAACUUAAAUCACAGCAUUCAUUCCAGACAUUUGUACUACCUCUGUAAACAAGCGGUUUUUAAUACAAUCAAAUUAACCUCGCUAAGGUUGCAAUAGGUAGUUUUCAUGCUCCGUAGGAAAGGGUCUAUUCAUUUACAUUUUAUGCAAACAGAAAAGUAUUUACACACUUCGAUAUCUACACAUUGUUUAUAUUUGUAUCAUAGCAUGAGUCCUCGACGUGGAAAAAUAAUGUUAUGCAAUAAUGUCCGUUGUUGAUGUGUUUUUUUUUUGGGGGGGGGGAUGUUUUACUCAACAACAAAAAUCACACACAAGUCGUAUAUAUAGACUAGGUACAUAUAAAAUCAAAUAUAUUGCAAAACUGUGACGAUUUUUUUAAAAGUUAGACUUGAGCUUUCCCUGUGUAUAUAAUCUUUAUAUCAUCAUAGAGAAUACAACCAAUAUUACAUUUGCAUAGUUGUUUAUCUUAGUAUAAUAAUCCGCUCUAUUCAGUACCAGUAAGGUUGUUGGUGAACUCUCAGGAAACGUAUUUCAUUGACUUCUGCUUUAUUCAAAGAUUGGCGGCUAAGUGCUUCUGAAAUCAUUCAGUUCGAUUACGAUGCUACAGUUUUGUUUGUUAUUUGAAGCUCCUGACAAAUGUGACUGCGUCAUUUUCAUUUUUUCAUUUCAUCCUUACUCUCAUUCAAUGCUUUCCGAAGGUUGACAAGGUGGUCAACCAGAUCCAUGUUAAAUUAUGGUUCAUUGUAUAAAGGAUCUAAUGUCCCCCUCUCCUUUUGUAAUUUACUCUUUUUAACAAAUAUUUGUACUGUUUUCGAUUCAGUUUUAGUUUCGUUGUUGUUGUUGUUGUGUUGUACAGCAUGUGUAGAUUUCAAAAUCUAAGGCACUGUCAUUUAUUUAAUUUGUCAAACUGGGACUUCACAUCACAUUUUACAUUAGCUGCUGCAGCAACUACAUACUUUUCAUUAUGUUGGUACAUAUAUUUGUUUUUUUUCUUCUCAUAAACCCCAACCAUAGCAUCAGGAUUUAGGUACACACUGGUUACGAUCACGUAUAAAGCUUGCUUUUUUUUUCACAGAAAGACCAAAAUCCCUCAAUCGUUUGCAAUUGUUAAAACAUGACUGUUGAGGCAAAUCUAGCUGCUACCCUCAGAUUUUAAACUUUUACGCACAACUUCACCUUUAAGUAAACCCUCUCUCUCUCUCUUUCUCUCUCGUUAGCAAAAUUGAUGCCUUAUCCUCCGUGUCGUUUUGUCUCGUAAGAAAAGCUAUUGAUUUCAAAAUAGAAACAGAUUAUAAAAUAGAAACGAAACAAAAAAAUAUGUUGUCCAGUAGCGUGAUGAGUAUCAGUGCAUGCAGCAAUGUGAGAAUCUUACAAGGACCAGUCGCUGUUCUGGUCUUGAUACUAACACGGGUUUUUGUGACGUUCCCUCUGUCCUCAGUAAUCACAUCAUGGUGCUAUAUAUAUAUAUAUAUA